AUGUUUCUAGAUACUCCCCUCCCCCCCUUGCCCCUGCCUGCAGACGACACCCCGCUGGCCACAAUGCCUGAACAGCCACUGAACCUCUAUCUCCGCUACAUCAUCCCAGGGGAAACGAAGGCUAUCCAGGAUGAAGGUCCAAACCGCAAGAAAAUCUCAAACGCGCGACGCAAUAUUCGCAUUGUUGCUGGCUUCCUCGCCAACCCUGUCAACGAGAAGGCCCGUAUUUGCCUAUCAGUGGAGAUUGAGGGUUGUCAAGGAUCGUAUGAGAGGCUCGUUGCGCUUGGGCAGUUCUACUACGACCACUAUAUCCAGCAUUUCUUAUCCGCCAAAUGCCUCAUCGAUACCCUGCAAAAUAACCCUGGAGUAGAGAAUCCUGCACUCGUCCGGGACGGAUAUCGGUGCAUGCUGACCGAAAAGUACGAUACAGAUACAUUCAUACGCUACCCCGGUAAAUUCCCGUCCGGUCCUGACUUUUGGCUCAAUAUCACCUGUUGUGCACAUAUCAUACCCGUGUCCCUCGGCCGCUUCACGCUCGCUGAUGAUCCCCAGGCAAAGAUUAGCUUGGCGAAAGGCUUCCGGUCGGUCUUGCGACGGUUUGGUUAUUCUCAUGAGUGGAUUGAGACGAAGGGGGGAAACUGUCACCGUCCGAGCAACCUCCUGACCCUCUCUUCAAACGCUCAAGCGAUCAUGUAUGGCUUACGCCUUUGGUUUGAGAAGACUGACGAGCCACACACCUACGACGUGAAAACGCAUCCACCAGAAUUUCGAAAGGGGUUUGAGUUGCCCGCUCAAGUGACGUUCAAAGUGCGCGAAGAUCUCGGGAUUCCGGGGAUCCUGCCUCCUGAGGAGGGCGGCAUGGACUUGCCUGAUCCGGACUUCCUCGCGCUCCACGCGACUUGCUGCAAAGUCGUGCGCCUGGUGGGUGCGAUCGAGUUUCCCGUGGACUCGGUAUUCGGCGAUUCCGAGUCGCGCCAUGUUCUUGCGCAGGACGGCAGUUCGGCGGACGUCCUCUUUGACGAACUGUCCCGCCUGGUCGAUCCGUUGUAG